AGCGUCCACCGGUUAACACGUGCAGUGCUUUUUGUUUAUAGUUACCGCUUAAAGGCUGAAUUUCAAUUCGUUAAGCUAUAAAUUAAUUGUGCGAUAUGAAGUUUUCUUACAAAUUUUCGAAUUUGUUGGGCACAAUUUAUCGCAAUGGAAACUUGGCCUUCACGCCUGAUGGCAAUUCAGUUAUCAGUCCUGUGGGCAACCGGAUAACGGUGUAUGAUCUCAAGAACAACAAGUCGCGCACUUUGUCCUUGGAGUCCUAUUACAACUACACAAACAUUGCGUUAUCUCCAGAUGGCAGCAUGUUGAUCGCUGUCAAUGAGCAAGGCAAUGCACAGCUGAUAAGUAUGGUCUCCUGCACGGUGAUACAUAGGCAUAAAUUCCAAACGGGCGUGCAGUGCAUAACCUUCAGUCCCGAUGGCAAAUACUUUGCGGUCGCACGAGAGAAUCUUGUGCUAAUAUUUUGCUCUCCGGGUGAAAUAACUGGCGAAUACAAUCCGUUCGUACUGAAGCGUAGUUUCAUUGGGAGCUUCGACGAUAUCACGUGGCUAGAUUGGUCGACAGACUCCAAGCUCCUGGCAAUUGGCUCUCGCGAUAGCUCCACUAAAAUAUGCGGCAUAAAUCACAUGCUCAACUUUCGAACGUAUAACCUAAGCGGACAUACGGAUGCCAUUGUAUCGUGCUUUUUCGAAUUGAACAGCCUGCACUUGAACACCAUCAGCCGGAAUGGACAACUCUGUCUAUGGGAAUGUAGCUUGGAGCCAUCGGACUUAAUUGAAGUCGAAAAAGUUAAGGAGGAACCUGCGCAGCCAUUUGCAAAGCGAUGCACUCUAAAUCCAUUUAGGGGAUCAGACAGUGAGUCCGAAGAUGAUAUCGAAGGCAAUAUGGAAAAGGAAGCAGAAGCCGAUGAUCAGAUCGAAGUGAAAGGCGAAGGCGUACAUAAGUCCUAUCCAUUAGCCGAUGACCAGAACGAGGUGAAAGACGAAGGCGUACGUAAGUCCCAUCCAUUCUAUUACAAAAAGCUCGGUCGGCACUAUUUAGCCAACGAGCCGCGCAAGGAGAAACGCGAUGCGAUGCUAACGGCGGCCAACUACAAUCGACAUACGAAGGUGUUGGUGGUCGGCUUUAGCACGGGCGCUUUCUAUUUGUACGAGCUGCCCGAUGUCAAUAUGAUUCACUCGCUGAGCAUCUCCGACUACCCCAUAUCGACGGCCCUCUUCAAUAACACUGGCGAUUGGCUUGCGCUGGCCUCACGCGAAAUCGGCCAACUGCUGGUGUGGGAGUGGCAGAGUGAGCAGUACAUCAUGAAGCAGCAGGGCCACAGCAGCGAUAUGACCUGCAUAGCCUACUCGCCAGAUGGCCAAUACAUUGCCACAGGCGGCGACGACUCCAAGGUAAAGCUGUGGAACACCCAAAGCAGUUUCUGCUUCGUGACCUUCAGCGAGCACACGAGUGGCGUGACCGGUGUACAGUUCAGCCGUAAUAAGAAGUUCCUGGUUAGCAGCUCACUGGACGGCACAGUGCGUGCUUUCGAUAUAAUAAGAUACCGUAACUUCAGGACAUUCACAUCGCCAACUCCUGCUCAGUUCGCCUGCGUUGCAAUUGACUUCUCGGGAGAGUUGGUUGUUGCCGGUGGUCAGGAUGUCUUCGAUAUAUUCUUGUGGUCGAUCAAGACGGGCAAACUUCUGGAGGUAAUUAGCGGUCACGAGGGCCCAGUGACAUCUGUGGCCUUCUCGCCUGUGGCCACUUCUUCGACACUCAUCUCUGGAUCUUGGGAUAAAACUGUGAAGGUCUGGAAUUGCCUGGAGAGCAAUAGUGAGCACGAAACAAUUGAUGCUAUCUCUGAUGUCAUAUGCGUAGCAUUCUCUCCCAGCGGAGAAGAGAUCGCCGUCGCAACGCUUGCUGGCAACAUACUAAUCUUUGAUGUGAAAUCAGCGACACAAGUGAACUCAAUUGAGGGACGCAAUGAUUUGGGCGGCGGUCGAUUGCAGACGGAUAUAGUAACUGCUAAGAAAAAUGCACAGGCGAACUAUUUCUCUACCAUCGAGUAUUCAGCGGAUGGAGAAUGCAUUCUAGCUGCUGGCAAAUCCGUCUACAUCUGCAUAUAUCACGUGCAAGAGGCGUUGUUACUAAAGAAAUUUGAAAUAACACAAAAUCACAGUUUGGAUGGCUUAAAUGAUUUCAUUAGCCGCAAGCAUCUGAGUGAGUUUGGCAAUAUGGCUUUGAUAGAGCGACGUGAGCAGGGCGAGGGCGGCAAUGUGGCGAUUCGUUUGCCGGGCGUGCGUAAGGGCGAUAUGUCCUCAAGACGUUUUCAGCCUGAGGUGCGUGUCUUCUGCGUUCGCUUCUCACCCACGGGACAAGCAUUUGCCGCUGCAGGCACCGAAGGACUUUGCAUAUAUGCCCUGGACAAGGGCGUGGUAUUCGAUCCGUUUGAUUUGACGCUGGAAGUGACACCUAAGGCGGUACACGAGGCCCUUAAGAGCGAGGAGUUCAGCAAGGCGCUCGUCAUGUCCUUGAAACUGAACGAGACCAAUUUAGUGACCUUAGUGCUGGAACGCGUGCCACACAGGGAUAUUGAGCUACUUUGCGCGGAUCUAUCGCCCGACAUCGCCCCACGUUUGCUGCAACAUCUGGCGCGCCUCCUGCAGUCCUCGCCCCACAUCGAGUUCUAUUUACAUUGGAGCUGUUGCCUGCUGAAUACCCACGGCAAUCGCGACGGCGUCUUCCAGCACGCGGCUCUGCUUGGCCUACACGAAAGUAUUUCGCGUAAAUAUGAAAUGCUCAACAAAAUAUGUGACUACAACAAGUACACGAUACGAGUGCUCCUGGACAGAGCGGAGCAAUUGGAGGCAGCGAAAACAGAAGACGUGCCAAUGGAUGCGGAUAGUGAUGAUGAAUUGAUGUUGAUAAAGAGUAAACCGGACAGAGACGAGGAAUGCGAGUUUAGCGAUGAAGAAGACGAGGAAGCAGAAGAAAACAGUGAGGAGUCUGACGGAGUGUAGAAUAGUUAAUCUUGUUGUUAUAUAGAUCGUACGAAUACGGAUAUUAAAAUGUAAUUUUAAUGAAA